AUGUCAACAGCAAGCAGAAACAACCACAACAAGUAUGGCAAUCAUCAGUUACCAUCCAAAUCACUGAUACAGUGGAAUCCUGAACAUUCCAGUGCCUUAGAAAUUCUCAUUGAAAGGAUAACUUCUCCACCUAUCCUCGCCUAUCCACAAUACAACGAUCCAUUCCUUGUACAUACUGACGCUUCGCAAGACGGUCUCGUUGCUGUUCUCUACCAGAGACAACCAGGCAUAUUGAGAGUCAUCGCAUAUGCAUCCAGGACAUUGACCCCUGCAGAAAAAAAUUAUCAUCUUUAUUCUGGGUAA